AGAGUAGCGGUGCGAGCAGGAGGGAGAGAAGACAGGUACAGGUACAACAGCAGCAGCAGCAGCCGCAGCACCACUUCAGCCACAGCAUCAUAGUAAACUGCUACACUUAGCUGAAAGAAGAUGGAAAUAGACGGGGUAAAUUUUACGCCAGGAAGAAGUCCUCCUCUUAGAGAUGAACUAAGACAUCCCUCUCAGCACAGUUUCUACUUAAGCCCACCUCCACUCCAUAUUAAGCCCCUCAAAUUCUCACCUCCCAGUAUAUCACCAACCAGAGACACCUACAGUGCCUUCAGCCCACCUGCUUUCUUUCCCAUGCUCGGCUCCAGUUACACCCAAAAGGAGGGAUCCCAAAAACGCAAAAGAACUCCUUUCAAAAUGGACGCCCAGGGAGGCGAGUCUGGCGGAGGAGCAGAAGAAGCAGAAGAAAGCAGCAGUAAGAAGACAGUAGACCUCUCCCACACCCCCUUCUCCCUAACAUCUCACCCCAUUACUUCCCCAGCUCUAAAACCCUUCCCUGGUAUGAUUGAGCUCAACAGACUGCAGCUCCUUCGCAGAUCACCAGCUAUGAACCUACCUGUGCAAGUGAAACAGGAGCCUCUCAGUCCUUCCCCUGUUUGGCCUCCCUCUCCUCUCCUUCUCCACCCUCCAUAUUUCCCACCUCUCCACAACAGCCUCCUCUCAUACCCUUUCUUCAUGCCUAGGCCUGUCAUGCAUCUCUCCCCUCCUGGUGCGUUCUACCCCAGAGAAGACCUCUGCUCCAGUCUUCGUACUGGUGAUGGAACUCCUCGAAGUGGGAUGACCAAUGCUGAGAAGCUUGGCCUCAACAUCCAUGUAGAUGACAGCUACUAUGUGGAUGUUGGUGGUGACCAGAAGCGAUGGAAGUGUCGUAUGUGUGAGAAGUCCUACACCUCUAAGUACAACCUGGUCACACACAUCCUGGGCCACAAUGGCAUCAAGCCACAUGGAUGCCACCUGUGUGGGAAACUGUUUAAGCAGCUGAGCCACCUGCACACUCACCUGCUCACCCACAAGGGCAUGAGGCCUCACAAGUGCCAGGUGUGCCACAAGGCCUUCACCCAGACCAGCCAUUUGAAGAGACACAUGAUGCAGCACAGUGAUGUGAAGCCAUACAGCUGUGGCGUGUGUGGUCGAGGCUUCGCUUACCCCAGUGAGCUUCGUGCCCAUGAGCUGAAGCAUGAAAAAGGCCAGGAGAACGUAUGUGUUGAAUGUGGACUGGACUUUCCCACAUUUGCCCAGCUGAAGCGACACCUGACUGCCCACCGUGGCCCCACCCUGUACAGGUGUGCAGAGUGCCAGAAGACUUUCCAGUACCCGAGUCAGCUUCAGAACCACAUGAUGAAACACAAAGACAUCAGACCGUACAUCUGCAGUGAGUGUGGGAUGGAGUUCAUCCAGUCACACCAUCUGAAACAGCACACGCUUACUCACAAAGGUGUGAAGGAACACAAGUGUCGCAUCUGUGGACGUGAGUUCACCCUGUUGGCCAACAUGAAACGCCAUGUCCUCAUUCACACCAACAUACGAGCCUACCAGUGUCACAUGUGCUUCAAGAGUUUUGUUCAAAAACAGACUCUCAAGGCUCACAUGAUCGUCCACUCGGACAUCAAGCCCUAUAAAUGCAAGCUUUGUGGGAAGGAGUUCAACAGGAUGCAUAAUCUAAUGGGCCACAUGCAUCUCCACUCAGACAGCAAGCCAUUCAAAUGCCUCUACUGCCCGAGCAAGUUCACACUGAAAGGAAACCUCACCAGACACAUGAAAGUCAAACACGGUGUCAUGGACAGAGGGCUGGAUGAGAGAUUAUUUAGGCAAAGAGGGCGAUUCUGUUUGUCCACUCCAAUGGGCCUUCUCACCCACUUCAGCCAAGAGGAGCCAUUUGACCUCUCCCAGAAGCCUCCGGGUCUGCCCAGCCUCCAUCUCUCCCAGUCUGAUGGCGAGAGCGUCCCAGGAAGCUCAUGUCAGGAGGAGGAUGAAGAGAGUCUGUAUAGAAGAAGCCAGUACAGCCCUGAGGUAGACCAACAUGAGCCAGCAGGCGAGGACCAGUACAUCCCUGAGCUGGAGGAGAGAGAGCAGGGGUCUCCUAAUGAAUUAAGGCCAGGAGAGAAAAAGAAACAGACGUACCAGCAAAGUUUAGAUGUUGAGACAUUUCAGAAGGAGUCAGCAGAAGGACAAUCUGUAGAUCCCAGAGAUGACCAGGUGCAGCUCUUACAGUCAAAAACAACCUAUGAAUCUGAUUCAGAACUAGAUGAGCAUGUGUACCACCACGAGACAGACCAUAGACAGUCAUAUGAUUAUGACUCUGAUUCAGAGGGAGAAGAUCGUCACCAAGAGCAAGAUGAGCAUUGCAAGCAGCAGCUGGAUGGUCGCUGUGAGGUAUCCUUCAACGUGGCAGAGAGAAGCCAGAGCAGACUGGAGAGAGGUGAAAUAGUGCUUCACUCACACACAAGUGAAUCUGUGGCUCUCCAGGAUGAAGAAGACAACAAAGAAUGAGAAAAAUCAUUUGAAAGAAUGAGAAGAAGAUGCAAGUCUUUGGAAACGCUGACAUCUAUUUACAGGAAAAUGGAAAGGGUGUUCAGGAGACACUCUCCUGAGGAAAAAGGAAAGUGUGUAGGUCAGAUUAUGGAGGAUGUGGUAUAGUAGCUGAAGGCAAAAAAAGAGAAAGAUUUUGUGUUUUUUACAUGAAAUAAAUAAAAUUAACUGAAAUACAAAGCUGUGAAGCAGACUGCAUGUACAGAACUUAUCAUACUCUGAUUAAUAGUCACCGACUGAAGGUUAAAAAUAGAUGGGUGAGUAUGAUUAGUGUUUUUUUUUGUAAAUCAAUGCAAAAAAAAGAUAUUUAACAUUUUUGUUUUGUUUUUUUUACAAAUCAUUGUUCAAUCUUAACUCCAAAUAUGCAAAUUUUCUUUAACUUGGACUUUUUUGUGUAAAUCUAUGAUACUAAAAUCAAAAAUUGGUUAAAUUGGUUAUUGCUUAAACCUCUGUGUACUGUGUGUUUGAGGAUUAUUCUUUAUUUGUUUGUGUGUGGGGCAUUGUAAACAUCUGAUUUACUGGGUAAAAUGUAGUUUUUAACUAAUAUAGAUUGAUGAAGCUUGAGUUUCUCAAAUCUUUGAGUAUGUUUAUGAAGUAAACUGUGAUUUUGUUUUUUUAUGUCUAAUGUUUAGAUUAUUUUUAAAUCUAUAUGGCUUUGUUAGUUCAGUUUUUGGGGAUGACUGUUUUUAUUGUAUUGCAGUGUAUGGCAGUGGUCACCUGAAUACGA